AUGAGGAGGUUUUUGUUACUCUAUGCUACCCAACGAGGACAGGCAAAGGCCAUAGCAGAAGAAAUAAGUGAAAAAGCAGUUACGUAUGGUUUUUCUGCAGAUCUCUACUGUAUUAGUGAGUCGGAUAAGUAUGAUCUGAAAACUGAAACAGCACCUCUUGUGAUGGUGGUUUCUACCACGGGCAACGGAGACCCGCCUGACACAGCCCGCAAGUUUGUUAAAGCCAUACAGGACAAGACGCUGCCACCUGACUUCCUGGCUCACCUGCGGUAUGGAUUACUAGGUCUGGGUGAUUCAGAAUACACGUACUUCUGUAACGGGGGGAAGGUAAUUGAUAAACGACUUCAGGAGCUUGGAGCCCAGCGUUUCUACAACACUGGCCACGCGGAUGACUGUGUAGGUUUAGAACUUGUGGUUGAGCCAUGGAUUAACGGACUCUGGGCCGCCCUCGAGAAGCAUUUUCUAUUGAACAGAGGAAGAGAGGAUACAAGUGAAACUCUAACGAUGGCAUCUCAUGCCUCCCAGAGGACAGAUCCCUUGAAGCCGGAAUUAUUACAUGUGGAAUCACAAGUUGGACUUCUGAGAUUAGAUGAUUCCAGAGGAAAGGCUGCUGAAGUUUUGGAACAAAAUGCAGUGAACAGCAGUCAAUCAAGUACUUUGAUUGCAGACUUUGAGGCCUCGCUUACCUGUUCGGUACCCCCACUUUCACAAGCCUCUCUGAAUAUUCCUGCUUUACCACUGGAAUAUUUAGAGGUGCAUCUGGAGGAGGCCCUUGGCCAGGAGGAAAGCCACGCAUCUGUGAGUUCGGUGGAUCCAGUGUUUCACGUUCCAAUUUCAAAGGCAGUUCAACUGACUACAAAUGAUGCCAUAAAAACCACUCUUCUGAUAGAACUGGACGUUUCGAAAACGGAUUUUUCCUACCAGCCUGGAGAUGCCUUCAAUGUGAUCUGUCCCAACAGCGACUCUGAAGUACAGUUCCUGCUGCAGAGACUGCAGCUUGCAGACAGGAGAGAGCACCGUGUCGCCGUGAUGAUCAAGGCAGACACGAGGAAGAAAGGCGCAGCCUUGCCGGAACACGUACCUGAGAGGUGUUCUCUCCACUUCCUUCUCACCUGGUGCCUCGAAAUACGAGCCGUUCCCAAGAAGGCGUUCCUGCGAGCCCUCGCGGACCACACCGGCGACAGCGCCGAGAGGCGGCGGCUGCAGGAGCUGUGCAGCCGGCAGGGGGCGGCCGACUACGCCCGCUUCGUCAGGGACGCCGGCGCCUGCCUGUCCGACCUGCUGCGGGCCUUCCCGUCCUGCCAGCCUCCACUCGGCCUCCUGCUCGAACAUCUUCCUAAGCUCCAACCCAGACCGUACUCGUGUGCAAGCUCAAGUCUGUUUCACCCAGGGAAGCUUCAUUUCAUUUUUAACAUUGUGGAGUUUUUGUCUAACACCACGGAGGUGGUUCUUCGGAGAGGCGUGUGCACAGGCUGGCUGGCCACCUUGGUUGAAUCAAUUCUUCAGCCAUACACGUGUGCAAACCAUGCAGAUGGCAAGAAAGCCCUGGCUCCCAAGAUAUCCAUCUCUCCUCGAACAACAAACUCUUUCCACUUACCAAAUGACCCUUCAGUCCCCAUCAUAAUGGUGGGUCCAGGAGCGGGUGUGGCCCCCUUCAUUGGUUUCCUGCAACACAGAGAGAAGCUCCAGGAGCGACACCCAGGGGGCCGCUUUGGAGCCACGUGGCUGUUCUUCGGCUGCAGACACAAGGAGAGGGAUUAUUUGUUCAGAGAUGAGCUCAGACACUUCCUUAAGUGUGGAGUGCUCACUCACUUGGAAGUCUCCUUCUCAAGAGAUGCUGCUGUGGGGGAGGAGGAAGGCCCAGCCAAGUAUGUGCAAGACAGCCUCCAGCAUCACAGCAAGCAGGUGGCGGGGGUCCUCCUCCAGGAGAGCGGUUACAUUUAUGUGUGUGGGGAUGCUAAGAAUAUGGCCAAGGAUGUCCACGAUGCCCUUGUGGAAAUAAUAAGCAGAGAGACUGGAGUUGAAAAACUAGAGGCAAUGAAAACAUUGGCCACUUUAAAAGAAGAAAAGCGGUAUCUUCAGGAUAUUUGGUGA